AUCCUAAAAAUGAUUUACCCUUCCGAGGCCAGCCGAUGUAAUGGUUGUUCGACCCAAACCGACUUCCGAUGGCAUUUUGUAGUCUUGUUCCUCGAAUAAAAUCCACACACAAAGUAAAGAUUACUCUUCCAAAUUUCAAAGCUUUCUCCAUUUUAAAAACAUUUUCUUAAGAUUUCUCCGUUUUCACGACAAUCUAAAAUCCAUCUUCAUCCCCAGAUCAUACAAACUACAAACGUACAAUUUAAGAAAACAAAUUCUCAACUUCUCAUCAGCUGAUACAAUCUCUCAUCUGACCCUUAACAUUGUUCUUCAUGGUUGGGGUUGGAGGAGAGAUGAAGAGAUUGCGAAAUUACUAUUUAAAUCUUAAACACCCACAUAAUAAUCACAAUCUUAAUCAUAAUUAUAAUCAAUUUCCCACAUCAAUUUCCAUUGAAAAUCGAAGAAAAUGGAUCUUCCCACUUGCAAUUGGUUCAAUUUUCUCACUUUUUCUCCUUUUUUUAACAACCCUAAUUACAUCUUCAACUUCCCCUCUUUUUGCAUUGUACCAUUCUUCUUCUUCCUCCAUUUUUGUUGAAUCAAAGCUUCACCCUUUGCCAGUCGCUUCUUUGCCCCCUCCACCUCGAUUUGGGUACCUUAUUUCAGGUUCUUCUGGGGAUGGGAAUUCUCUUCAAAGAACUCUUCUUGCCCUUUACCACCCACUUAAUCAGUAUGUUGUCCACUUGGAUUUGGAGUCUUCCCUUAAUGAAAGGCUUGAUUUGGAAAAUUUUGUUAAAGAUCAUCCUGUUUUUAAGGAGUUUAAUAAUGUUAGGAUGAUUACUAAGGCUAAUUUGGUUACUUAUCGUGGUCCCACAAUGGUGGCUAAUACUCUUCAUGCUGCUGCUAUUUUGUUAAAGGAAGGUGGUCAUUGGGAUUGGUUUAUUAAUCUUAGUGCUUCUGAUUAUCCCCUUGUUACUCAGGACGAUCUGCUGCACACAUUUUCCAAUUUGCCGCGAGAUCUUAAUUUCAUCGAUCAUACAAGCAACAUUGGCUGGAAAGAGUUUCAAAGAGCAAAACCAGUCAUUAUAGAUCCAGGGUUGUAUCAGACCAAGAAAGCCGAUGUCUUUUGGGUGACGCAACGACGAAGUGUGCCCACAGCCUUUAAACUCUUCACAGGCUCUGCUUGGAUGGCUCUUUCACGUCCGUUUGUUGACUACUCCAUUUGGGGAUGGGACAACCUACCACGUACUGUUCUGAUGUACUAUGCAAAUUUUAUUUCCUCCCCAGAAGGCUAUUUCCAUACGGUGAUUUGUAAUGCGCAGGAGUUCCGAAACACCACUGUUAAUAGUGACCUUCAUUUCAUAUCUUGGGACAAUCCGCCCAAACAGCAUCCUCAUUACCUCACUGUGGAGGACAUAUCGAGGAUGGUUGAAAGCAAUGCUCCUUUUGCAAGAAAGUUUCACCGUGAAGAUCCAGUGCUUGACAAGAUAGAUUCUGAGCUCCUGUUGCGAGGUCCUGGAAUGAUUGUUCCUGGUGGUUGGUGCAUUGGGAGUGGGAAAAAUGGGACUGAUCCAUGUCUGUUGGCAGGAAAUACCACGCUUUUGAGACCAACAUCCGGAGCAAAAAGGCUGGAAAAACUUGUUAGUUCACUUCUGUCAUCCGAAAAGUUUCAGCAAAAUCAAUGUAAGUGAUGUGCUCGCUCCAUCAGAUUGGAGGAAUUGUUGUAUCAAUUGUAUCAUUAGUUUCAGACGGAACACAGUGGGUAAUUCUCACUCAGAGAGAGGAUCAUCAUGUUUUGCGGAUAAAUCAAAGGUAUCAUACUAGCCCCUGCUUGGCUGCUUGGCUGCUUCAACCAUGGUGUAUACAUAGUUUCGUUUGUUAUAUGAGGGUAGGAUCCAUAUUUUCCCAUUUUAUUCCGAACUUGCAGGAAAGGGAGAGGGUUUUGUAAUGAGCCGAAGCUUUCAGCAUGAAUCCUUUAUUUUUGAAAGGAGGCAUAUGUGGGAAAUUCUGGGUAUUGAUUCAAUGUUUGUUUGUACCUCUGCGUUCUACCAUUCCACUUGAUCUGAAUCUCAAAUGUUAGCCUUAGAUCCAGUGAAAUUCAUUAUUUCUGUCCUGUAAUGUAAUUAGGUUCAAUUCAUAUACUUCAUUAGUAAUGUGUUUUGUUUUGUAUAAUGUGUUCUUGUUAUGAAUCUGAAAUUGAGAUCAUUAGUAGUAGCUGUACUACAUGACCUUGCUAUGAACCUCAAAUGUUAGCCUCA